UUGUCCAGUGACACCCCUUCAUCCCUAGGAAAGGAGAGAGGGCAGUGUUUUACGGCUUUAAAUCAAAAUGCUGAACCCGCAGAGGUCUCUGCCUGAGCUGCCUAAGAUGUCCACUGCUAGUCAGCUGGAAAGAGCUGUGCUGGAGGAGGAGUUCAACUGGCUGCUUAAAGAAGAAGUGCACGCCGUCUUAAAGCAGCUCCAAGAUGUCCUUAAGGAGGCAUCUCGACGUUUCUCCAUGCCGACACCAGGUUUGGAAAAUCAGCUCAAACAGGAGAAUUUCAUCCUUGGCAGCUCAACCAUGGAUCAAGUGAAAGGGGUGCUGACUCUGCAGGGAGAAGCUCUGACUCAAGCUGAUAUUAACCUGAAGGUCGCAAAGAGCAGUCAGGUGUUGCACUUUCAGUUCAGAGAAGACAAGCAGUGGAAACUGCAGCAGAUCCAGGAUGCCAGGAACCAUGUGAACCAAGCUCUGCAGCUGCUGAGCAGCCAUGAUGAGAGCUACCACUUCAAGUCAGGGGCUGAGGUUAAUAAGCUCAUGGAUGCCGUGAUGCUACAGCUGACACGAGCUCGAAACCGCCUCACGACCCCGGCCUCGAUGACCCUACCUGAGCUGGCUGCCAGUGGUUUGAUGAAAAUGUUCUCUCCGCCCAUACCUGGGGAUGUCAUGGUGAACUUUUAUAUCAACUUAAGUAAACUGUGUCUGACAGUCUACCAGCUUCAUGUGUUACCUCCUAACACCACGAAGAAUUUCAAGCCUGCUGGAAGCUCAGUGUUGCACAACCCUGGAGCAAUGUUCGAGCUCAACAACAACCGAUUUGAGGUGAGCCAUGUUCAUAAAGUCGAAUGUGUGGUCCCUUGGCUCAGUGACACACUGGUGUUCUUCACCAUAUCCCUGCAACUCUGUCAGCAGCUCAAGGACAAGAUAUCGGUCUUCUCCAGUUUCUGGAACUACAGACCUUUUUAAUCCUCCUGCAUCAUUCUCCUGAGACCACUCAGACUCAACUGUUCAAGGGUUCAAGUUUGUUUUUGUUUGUUUUUUUAAGGUAUUUGUCAUGCAGUGUGAAGUCUGCAUGAUACGCUGAAGGAGCCAUCAGAUAUUACAGCUGCCACCCCCAGUUAUGUUAGCACAGCUGGCUGACUUUCCUCUGACUGUAUGUGAACUGCAUCUUACUGACUUGUACUUCUCAGUGAAUUCAUGUGAUUUUUUUUUUUGGGUUAAAUUUAUUAUUAGAAUUAUUUUUGUUACACUACAUAAUUUAUUGGUUCUCAUCCCAGAGUUGUCGACUCUUUUGUAGAACACCUUUUUGUACUAAAGUCAUCACAGCUGGUUUUUCUUUUCACAGAUACUUUGUUCCUUCUCAGCAUUUUCAAAUUGUGAUUAUUCCAUCCAUCCUCUUCCGCUUUUUCAUUUCUUCACAUCAGUCUUAGUUUUUUCUCCCAGCCUUUAAAAAAAGCCCUCUGACAAUUUUGCAUUGUUACAACUACUGAGCUACAGUACACAAUCAGACGAAACAGGCCUAAAAGAAUGCUGUAGAGUCCUCAUGACAGUCCAACAAAAUAAAACAGUAACACAAUCAAAGCAGUUUUUAAGAUUUAAAGUUGAUUUAUGUUUAUUCAUUUCACUGAAAGUAUUUAUUGUUCAGCAAACUUUACUAGUAAUUUUUUUUUUAAACAAAAAAUCAUAAACGUUCUCUCAUCACAGCAUAAUCAAUGCUAGCAACAGGCAGAAGGAGCUUCAUGUAUUCACAGCAGGGACAUGAACCUCUCACAUGGUUGUAGUGCUUGUGUUGUAGAGAAGGUGGUGUGCUCUGUUAUGAUACACAAAGGAAGCCUUGGUGGCAUUCAAACAUGAGGAAAAUAUCAUUUGUGAAGAAGGGAAGAAUAUUUACUGUCAUUCUCACUAAAGCAGCAGCUGAUGGCUGAAAAAUGUAGAUAACACAGGGAUCCACUUAUAAAUUUUGAAAAAUAAUUAUGGUGGUGAUAUAAAGUCAAAGAUAAUAUAUUAUCUUGUAUAUUUAAAGAAAAAUGUGUAAUUUUUUAUUGAUGUAUAAUAAGUAACAUCUAUAUACAGUAAUCCAUUUCCAUCCAUAGACCUCAAACGAUGAAACGCCAGAAGGACUAGGCUAGGAUUCUCUCUCAUAGAAAGCACUGAAAUAUCCGCCAGACGUCCUCAUGAAACCCCCCCCCGGGUAAAGCUGCAGAGACGAUCAUACCAAGAGCAAUCCUUGAGUCUUUUCUCGAGCUGCUGAAAAGACUCCUGAAGAGGGACGUCUGAGCAGCUCAUUGGCUGUCCCAACAAGUUCUGGCAGAUCUGUCACUGUGGAGGAAGGUCUUGAAGAAGCUCCUUUCUGAAAGAAUGUUUCUAGUUCACAUCUCGUGCCAGAGCAUCAUUUCAGUUUCCCACAAGAAACUAGCUGGAGGUGUCGUUACAGGACCAGAUCAUUGGGGUCCUGUGAGCUGUAAUUUCGAUCCUUUCUGGAUCGUACUUGCUGCAGUGCGUCUGGUGGUCGCUCACUCAGACUGGGAUAUGGGGAGUUUGGAAGUGUGGUCAAUGCCCAGAGCUCUUUGGUAUCUAUCUCAAUUUGUUCUGUAAGAGCUGAGAUGUAUUAAAUGCUUCUGCACAAAUGUUGACUAAUUUAUAAAAAUGCAGUACAGAAUUAAUUAUUCAUCUCUUCAGUGACCUAGCUAUCGGAUAACCUCUUACUCUGAGGUAUUGCUUGUUUCACUAAUUCAGUAUAUCUGUGUCAAAGUGUUACACAUUAUAUUAGAAAUACUACAAUAAUGUAAAUAGAAUACAAAAGGGUUGUAAAAGGAAAACAAUCUCACCAGAUAGGAGAGGCAGUACUAUUAGGAAAUUUCCCACUGGAAUACUUUAGAGGAUAAAAUUCACUGAGUACCAUUUUAUCUGUUCAUGGCUCACCUCCAGUGUCUGUUUAUACUCUCAGGCACCUUCCUGAUAUGUUGCAAAGGUUUUUGUACCAGUGAAAACAGAAACCGUUCAGGGUCUUAUGUAAGGUUUUGUAUGUCUGUGGCUCUGCAGACUUUCCUCACCUGAAUAUAGAAUAUAUUCAAUCACAGGCCACCACUUGAUAUUUUCCUUAAAACUGUUGUAAAGAUUAAAAAAAAACUACAAUGAUCGUUUAACAGUUUGUCCCUUAAAUGUAGGUAUUAAUAUAUUAAAGGAAAGGCAGGAAUAUUAGGGGUCCUCGGGCAUAAUCCUGAAUUAUUUUGUUGUGGAUGCAUUUCACAAGUUGGAAACUGAUAAGCGAUAAAACACGAGCGAGGCAGAUGGUGGCGCAGGUUCGUUUUUUUGUUUGUUUUUUUAAUCCCUCAUUGCCCUGUUUGUAAAUAGCUCACAUUUCCUGUUCAUUGCUACAUUUAUAUAUUUAAGAGUAUAUUUUAAUGAAUGCUACCUGUCACCUCUGUUAAUGUGAAAUGAAUUAUGGUUUGUAUGCUGUUUUGUUUUUGUCUCACAUGUUGAUUCCCUGUGAACCAAACAUUAAUCCAGUCAUGAACAAAUGACUUAAUUCCAGUGUUGAUCUGUUUAAAGCUUCCUGUCAUGUAAAAGGUGGAAAUUAUCUGUCCAAUUAAACUAUU